AUGUUGUCUAACUGUGCAUCAAAGACAGGUGUCGUUGGACAUUGGUUGGUGUCAAGAGUGGCCCCCACUUCAACAUACUUGACAUCGACGACAAUGACAUCAUCGUUGACACUGCGCAAUGGCUACGCAAAGAAGAAUAUCAAUGUGGAAGAGGAACAGGCAGAGCGCGAUGAUAUCGCACAGGCAAAGCUGUUGAACAAGGAAUUGGACAAUCAAUACGACCCGCAUUCAUACUCUGGUCACUAUGUUCGCGACCCCAACAGGAAGAACUUCAAGGGCGCCUUCUCGCCCAAGGACCUCGGUCGCAUAAAGACAACCAAGCAGAUGCUCGAAGCUGUGCACGCGGGCACGGUGGAGACCAACGAGAACGAGGGCGGCUACGACGAGGACGAGGAGGGCAAGAAGAAGCCCGACCUGUUCGAGGAGGACGAUAUGCAGGAUCUGGGCGAGGGCGAGGAGUUUGACCCAGAGCUCGACGGCGAGGAGAACGAGAUGAGCGAGAACUACGUCGUGAACGUCGGUCGCCACGUCAAGGUCACCAAGGGUGGUCGUGUCCAAUCCUUCUCCACGCUCGUCUUCAUUGGUAACGGUGCAGGCACUGGAGGUCUCGGCUAUGGCAAGGGUGAUACAGCAGCCGUCGCCCUGAAACGUGCCUCAAGAGAUGCAGAGAGGAAUGCGAUUACAAUCAACAGAUAUCAGGACAAGACACUUCCAUGUGGACUGGACUUGAAGUUUAGAAGUACUAAGAUCAGAUUCUACAAGACUGGCGACGAUGACGAGAUGGUAGUGUCGGGCGACAAGCAGGACAUCAUUAUGGAGUCGUUCGGACUGCACGGAGUCAACUUUAGAACGUACGGCAGACGCUCGUGGAGAAAUAUAUUCAACGUCAUUCAGAAGAAGCUGCCCGACUUUGUCAACCCGGACGAGAUCGCGCGCCUCACUGGCAAGAAGCUGAUCACGCGCCAAUACCUCAAGGAGAAGCGCGAGACCCUGGCCGACCUGCUGGCGAGCAAGAUCCCCGAAAAGGACACCGACCCUUACGACUUUGGUCUGAUCGGCAAGUUCCUGUACGACCUGGAGAAGCCGGUCGAUCGCAAGGAGCAGGAGGCGUUGCUUAUGUACAAGACACUGCGACAAUUCGAGAAGGACGACACUGGCUUUGACAAUGACGACACUGAGGAGCAGGACAGUCUCGAGCGUGGCACCACCGACCCAAUGAGCAAGUUCAAGCGCAAGAGGUUUAUCGACUCGCAGAAGUAUGAGGAUUCAAGGAAGCUGCACAGCACCAUCAAGCAUUGA